AUGCGAGAGUUAAUAUUGGUUGCUGUCAUUGACAUGAAUUUAAGUUUUGGUUUUGUGAUGCUGACGCUAAUGUUUCAACAGCUGUCAAGAUUUAUGUAUUUAUUUACGUCGAAUGAAGUUAAAUUAAAAUUCCCAGGCCACACUAUGUUUGCUUUGAGCACUUUUUAUUAUCUCGUUGAGCUUAUUCAUUUUUCCUUUCACACGCACAGUCGGAACGAAUACAAAUCACAUCCAAAGCAAAUCGAUUGCGUGCAGAUCAAAAGUCUUAGCCCUUCAAACAAUGAUUUGUUUUCUCAGUGUUCAGCUGAUGUUCAUAUGAUUGUUUUAUCUGUUAAUACCAAUCCAAAGCCUAGCCAAACAACGCAUCACAUUAAGAGCUUUAGGAUGACAGCUUCUUGUUGUCACUUCUGUCCAUAA